AUGAGCAGCCCUAGGAAAUUGCAUUUAAAGGCUGCCUUGAAUGUUGUGAACUACCUGAAAAAGGAUCCUGGUAGGGGCCUCUUAUUUCCUUCUUUCGGAAUCAUGGAGGUAGAAGGGUUUUGUGAUUUAGACUGGGCCUCACGUCCAAAAUCACGUAGAUCUGUUACAGGAUACUUGGUUAGACUUGCCUCUAUUCCUGAUAUCAUGUAUCUCUACUUCAAAAACAGCCCAUUGACUGCCAAAAAUGGAGAACCACUGAAGAUUCAAUCCAAGCCAGCAGUAACAAGCAAUGGUCGUUUCCAUAUGUUUUUGUUGAUUCAGUUCCACGACACGAACACAGAAAAGCUAAGGAAGGCCACAAAGUUGGAGAGAGUUGGAAGCAUUGAUUGGACAAAGGACAUGAUAAAUGUCCACAUUCCUGGGCCUCAUCAAGCAUGCAAUCAAGUAAUUCUUCCAAUGAAUAUUGGUGAAGCAGAGCAGAGACAGAGCUGUGCCUGGGAUUGGUUAGCCCAACUUGAGCAUUUACGAGUCCUUGAUAUUAGUGAAAAUUCCUUUUCCGGUCCAAUUCCUUCUACUCUUGGAAAUAUGUCGUCAUUGAUUAUCCUGGAUGUUAGCUCAAAUCACUUAAAUGGUAGUCUACCAGAAAGUCUUGGACAACUGUUGAAUCUGAAGGAAUUAACUGUCGGUGAUAAUCACUUCUCAGGAAAAAUACCUGCAGAGAUAUUUAGUCUCACUGAAUUGCAAUCUUUGAACUUGUCCCAUAAUCAAUUUGAGGGAAACAUACCAAAUGAGAUAAUGAACAUGAAAAAGUUGGAAUCUCUUGAUCUUGCAAGCAAUCAACUUUCAGGUGAAAUUCCUCAAGAUAUAGCUGAAUUGUCUUUUCUAGAAGCCUUGAACAUUUCCUUCAACAAUUUCACAGGUAAGAUCCCAACAAGAACUCAACUUCAAGGGUUUGAUCCACAAAGUUUCAUGGGGAAUCCGAGAUUAUGUGGAGCUCCACUUCCAAAGAAUUGCACAGAUAAAGAAGAGCACAUUGAACCCGUGGAAACAAAUGAUAGUCAAGAAGAUGAAUUUCUAUUUUACUUCUAUGUUGGGAUUGGAGUUGGAUUCGCCACAGGUUUUUGGGGAGUCUGCAUUGCCAUUUUCUUCAACAAGAAUUUCAGGCAUUCUUACUUUAGAUUCUUAUAUCGCAUCCAAGACAAGCUUGAUAUGGGGGUCCUCAAGACGAACCGUUUUCGUUGA